AUGGAAGGAUUAACAACUGGGUCGAAUGAAAGGAACGAACUUGUUCGAGUUAGUCAUGCUUCUGAUUCUGGGUCUAAACCUGUGAAGAAUUUGAACGGUCAAUUUUGUCAAAUAUGUGGCGAUACUGUUGGAUUAGCAGCCACAGGCGAUGUCUUUGUUGCUUGCCACGAGUGUGCCUUCCCACUAUGUCAUCCUUGUUACGAAUACGAAAUAAAAAAUGUGAGCCAAUUAUGUCCACAAUGCAAGACUAGAUACAAAACUCACAAAGACGGUCCUCGAGUGAAGGGAGACGACGAUGAAGAUGAUGUCAGUGGUAGACGGAAUGAAGGGAAGUAUGGUCCAGGAAAUAAUUCCAAGACGGGAUGGCAAUGGGAUGAAGAUGCUGACCUCUCUUCAUCUUCUGGACAUGAUUCUCAAUUACAAAAUCCCCAUCUCACUAAUGGACAGCUGAUGUCUGGUGAGAUUGCGUGUGCAACAUCCGAUACUCAAUCUGCACAAACCACAUCAGGUCCUUUGGGUCAAUCUGGAAUCGUUCACUCACGUCCCUAUGUUGAUCAAAAGCAACCAGGUCUCGAGAGUGAUGAGGAGAUCAGACGAGUGCCAGAUAUGGGAGGUGAAUCUGCCGGAACUUCAGCCUCUCGGAAAGGCACUGGUUCAACUGCUGGUCCCGAACGUGCUCAAGGGACUGGAGAGGGUCAGAAAAAGAGAGGGAGAAGCCCAGCUGACAAAGAAAGCAAACGACUGAAGAGGCUGCUGAGGAACAGAGUUUCUGCUCAGCAAGCAAGGGAGAGGAAAAAGGCGUACUUAAGUGAUUUGGAAACAAGAGUCAAUGACUUGGAGAAGAAGAAUUCAGAGCUUAAAGAAAAACUUUCAACUUUGCAAAAUGAGAAUCAAAUGCUAAGACAAAUAUUGAAGAACACGACAGCAAGCAGGAGAGGAGGCAAUAGUGGUACCAACAAUGCUGAAUGA